AUGACAUCGUUGGCUUCUUCGCCUUUAGACGAUACUACUAGCAAUGCCGACAAGAUUGUGAUGGAAAACCAACAGACUCCUGAAGUAAUAGAACAAUCCUCAAAAGAAGAAGCAUCUCUGGAAGCUACCACCACAGAAUCAUCAUCAUCACCGCCACCACCGCAACAACAACAACAACAACCACCGAGAAACACCCCUACGGCCCAACAAAUGAUGGCCGCCAUGGGCACCAAUCCACGACGCAUUCUGUUGGGAACCGCAUCGGCGACAGGCAUUGCCUUGCUGGGGAACUUUUUGGGCGUCACCAGUCAAUUGCUCACACUCGUACCCGAAGACACGUUGGAACCCACCGGGAUUGAUACCUAUUUUCCAAGAGGAGACUACAAACGAGUCAGCGGCGAAGGCUACACAUUUGUGAUUCCCAAAGAAUGGGUUGGUGAUACAUUUGUGGAAUUGGCCAAGGCACAGCGUGCCGCUCGACCACUGGAUUACAAAAUGAGUCAGGGAGGCAGAGGUGUGACGCUCCCAGAUAAAGCCUUUGGUCCACCGGGUCGAUUGAAUCCACAAACGGGAGUUUCGGAACAAGGAGACACCAAUGUAUCCGUCAUUGCAGCAGACGGCCUAAACGGUUUUUCCUUGCGAGGAACAUUGGGGUCUCCCACGGAAGCGGCCGAAAAACUGAUUCGAUUGUCGCUGGCACCGGAAGGGAGUGGCCGAACCGUCGUGCUCACGUCGGCCGUGGAGGAUGUCGAACGACAAGUGUACCAAUUCGAGUAUACCGUGGAUCGAGGCAACACUGCCAAUAAGCCAUUACUGCGAGCCAUUUCCGUGAUUGCGGCUCCGGCGGGAACAUCGUUGAUUACGUGUACCGUCACGGCACCCAAUGCUGUGUGGGAUACGGAUCCCAUUUUGGCGGCCAAGCUGGAGCGAAUUGCUUCUAGUUUUCAUACGACAAUCUAA